UUUGGCCUAAAUUUCACAUAUAACUCGAGGUAGCUUUACAAAACAAAUCCAAGUCCCAAAUUUCAACACAGAGCCGCUUCAGCAACACUCAGCUCCUCCCCUCAACACUCGGCUCCUCCCCUCAGGUAAAAGAUUUGUAAGGCAGUUUCCAGCAAUGGCUCCUAAAGCUGACACCACAAAAAAGCUUGAUACAAAGGCUCAGGCAGCCAAGGUUGCCAAAUUUGUCAAAUCUGGGACAACUUUUAAGAAGAAAGCCAAGAAGAUCCGGACCAAAGUUACCUUCCAUCGUCCUAAGACAUUGAAAAAGGACGGGAACCCGAAGUACCCACACAUCAGUGCUCCUCCUCGGAAUAAGUUGGACCAUUAUCAGAUUCUCAAAUAUCCUUUGACUACUGAAUCUGCCAUGAAAAAGAUUGAAGAUAACAAUACCAUGGUAUUCAUAGUUGACAUCCGUGUUGAUAAGAAGAAAAUCAAAGAUGCAGUGAAGAAGAUGUACGACAUACAGACCAAGAAAGUGAACACUUUGAUCAGGCCUGAUGGAACAAAGAAAGCAUAUGUUCGGUUGACUCCAGACUACGAUGCUUUGGAUGUGGCAAGCAAGAUUGGAAUAAUAUAA